CUCCGCACCUCCAUCUAUCACCCCCAGACCGAUGGACUAGUGGAAAGGUUCAACCGGACGCUGAAAGGGAUGCUGCGUCGGUUUCCCCCGGAAGACCUUCGCCAGUGGGACCAGCUCCUUCCACCCUUGCUUCUGGCAAUACGAGAGGUUCCCCAGGCAUCGACUAAGUUCUCCCCUUUUGAAUUGUUAUAUGGGCGACGACCCCGGGGCCUGCUGGAUCUCAUGAGGGAGACCUGGGAACAGGCUCCUUCCCCGGCCCAGGGUCUCCUGCAGUAUGUGCUGCAACUACAGGAGCGUCUAAGGCAGGCGGGGGAUCUGGCACGGGAAAAUUUAAAAGCCGCCCAGGACACACAAGCCCAGACGUAUAAUCGAGGGGCACAGACUCGGGACUUCCAACCGGGUGACCGGGUAUUACUCCUCCUCCCGUCCAGUGAGUCGAAGAUCCUGGCCCGGUGGCAGGGGCCCUAUGAGGUAGUCAGGAAAGUGGGCCCGGUCACGUAUGAAAUAAAUCAGCCGGACCGGAGGAAGAAGAACCAACGCUACCACGUCAACCUCCUGAAGCCCUGGAAAGAGCGAGAAGGGCUGUUGAUCAACCCCUACCCGCCCGAACCGGAACUGGGACCCCAGGUUCCCCUUUCCGGGGACACCGAGGAACCCCAGCUCGGGGAGAACUUAACCGAGGAACAGCUCCGCCAGACUCGGUGCCUCCUCCAAGCCUUCUCCCACACUUUCACGGACCAGCCGGGACACACCUCCCUCGUACACCAUCGGAUCCAAACAGAACCCGGGGUGGUGAUACGGGGGACGACCCGGCCCCUGCCCUACCAUAGGAGACAGGUCGUGGAGAAGGAGGUGCGGGCGAUGUUGGAUCUAGGGGUGAUAGAGCCAUCCCAGAGCGAGUGGCGUAGCCCCGUGGUGUUGGUGCCUAAACCCGACGGGUCACAGCGGUUCUGCAUUGACUUCCGCCGCGUCAACGCCAUCUCCAAAUUUGAUGCCUAUCCCAUGCCUCGGAUAGAUGAGCUGUUGGCCCGCCUGGGAGGGGCCCGCUACAUCACCACCCUGGACCUGAGUAAGGGCUACUGGCAGAUCCCCCUAGAGCCCGCCUCCCGUGAGAAGACUGCCUUUGCCACCCCCACAGGUCUCUAUCAGUUCACCAGGAUGCCCUUCGGCCUCCACGGGGCCCCGGCCACCUUUCAGCGCCUGAUGGACCGCCUCCUCCAGCCCCAUCAAGAAUACGCGGCCGCGUAUUUAGACGACGUUGUCAUCUAUAGUCCGCAAUGGGAGACCCACCUGGAGAGAGUCGCAGCCGUCCUGAGAUCCCUGCGGGAGGCCGGCUUAACCGCCAAUCCAAAAAAAUGCCGCAUCGGCUGGCAAGAGACUAAGUACCUGGGGUAUGCUAUCGGGCAUGGGCAGGUAAAACCCCUGAUCGGGAAGGUCCAGGCAAUUGCAAACUGCCCCCCGCCAACCACAAAGCGCCAGGUGCGGCAAUUCCUAGGCUUGGCCGGAUAUUAUCGGCGGUUCAUCCCCCAGUUCGCGGCAAUCGCAGCCCCCUUAACGGGGCUCCUAACAAAGGACAGCCCACGGCAGGUGAUCUGGACUACCGAGUGCGACAGGGCCUUUCGGACUCUUAAGAAGUGCCUCUGCAGCGAGCCGGUCUUGUAUAGCCCCGAUUUUAACCUGCCAUUUGUCUUGCAGACAGACGCCUCGGAAGUGGGACUCGGGGCGGUCUUAUCCCAAGACGUAGGGGGCGAGGAACAUCCCGUCCUAUACAUUAGCCGGAAACUGUUCCCACGCGAAAAGAACUAUGCGGUGGUCGAGAAAGAGGCCCUAGCCGUGAAGUGGGCUUGUGAAGCUCUCCGCUAUUACAUCCUGGGAGUCCCCUUCACCCUAGUCACCGACCACUCCGCCCUUCAGUGGUUAGGCCGCAUGAAGGACCACAACAUGCGGCUGCAACGAUGGUACCUGGCGCUCCAGCCGUUUGCUUUCACGGUCCGCCAUCGGGCUGGUAAGGAGCACGCAAACGCGGAUUUCCUUUCCCGGUUGGGGGGUGUGGAAUGGGCUGGCCCCGCUGCACGGGAACCAGCCUUGGGGGGGGGGUCGUGUAGUGAGGCGGCCUGGGCCCCGACGGCCCCUGAGGGAGAGGAGCCUGAAUUGGCACCCAAGUGGGCGGAGCCACCGCCACCUGUUCCCGCCCCCCGGAAGUCAAGGGGCGGGACAGGACUCCUGACCCGCAUGACCGAGAGUCAGGAGCAACAACAGGCGGCCCCGGUGCGAUACCAGCAGGAGUACCAGGCCGCCCACCUGCAGCAGCAGCAGCAACUCAUAGAGCAGCUGGGGGCCCAACAACGGCAGCUGAUCGCGGACCUGGUUACCCAACAGCAGGAUUUCCAGCAGAAGUGUAUCCAGCAGCUUGCCGCGGCCCUAGUCCGCCCGGGGGAACCCCUGUCUGGGGUCGCCCCAGGGGCCCCGCGACCCAGCCCCCCAGUACGGUUGACGAAGAUGGGACCCGAGGAUGACCCCGAGGCUUUCCUCGUGACCUUUGAGAGGGUGGCUAUUGUGGCCGGCUGGGUCCCGGAGCAGUGGGCCACCAUCCUGGCCCCCUACCUAACGGGGACUGCCCAGACGGUCUACCGAGGCCUGUCGGUAGAGGCGGCCAGGGACUACAACCUAGUGAAGGCCGCUAUUCUGGACGCCCUGGACGUAAGCCCCGAGACCUACCGACGACGGUUCAGGGGCCUGGCCUACUCCCCGGGGGCCCGCCCGCGGAUGGUGGCUCAGGAGCUACGAGAGACCUGUCGAAAGUGGCUACAACCUGAGCGCCGGACAGCGGAGGAACUGAUGGAGCAGGUGGUUCUGGAGCAAUUUACGCAGGUACUCCCGCCAAGGGGAAGAUCCUGGGUCCUCCGCCACCGGCCGACGACGGUCUCUGCGGCCGUCACGUUAAUGGAAGACUUCCUUGCGGCGGAGGUCCCGGCGGGGGCCGCUGGUCGGGCGGUCCCGGUUCGCACGGAGCACCCCAACCCAGAAAAGAGGGGGCCGCCCUCCCGGGCAGCCCCGAGUGCUCCCGCCCGUAGCAUGGAGGGCCGGGCUCGGGUGGCCGCACCCUCCGGGAGGCUCACACGGACCCCGGCAGGCCCCGCCGGGGGAUACCGUCGGACCCCCCCCGUGGAUGACCCCGGGGCUCGGCCGCAGCUAGAGCGAGCCACGGCCCUCGGCCCACCAGCGGACAACCACCUGGCGAAGAUUCCCCUGCAGUGUAUACACGGGGAUGUGCGACGCUACCCCAGCACGCGGGCCCAACUAACCAUCGAUGGGGUCACCCGGCAGAUGACGGUGGGGCUGGCGCCCCGGUUGGCAUACCCGGUGAUCCUGGGGCGGGACUGGCCCACCUUUAACGCCGUUUUACGCCGCCGGCUCGAGGGUAACCCGCAGGCCACGCCAGCGUUGGGAGGGGAGUCCCCGGGGACUGAGGACGACGAGAUAGACAACCCCGUCCCCGCCAAUCCCCCGGGGGGGCGAGAAGACCCUCCUCGGGGGGGGGACUCCUCGGCGCCCACAGAUUUCUGCCGGGACCAACGGGCCGACCCCACCCUCAGACGGGCCUACGAACAGCUGGCCUCCGUAGACGGGACUAUUCUUGACCCCCAGCGUGCGGCGCAGUGGCCGCAUUUUGAGUUACGACAAGAACGCCUGUACCGCGUGGAGAAGGACCCCCGUACGGGGGACAUCCGGACACAGCUUCUCGUGCCGCGGUGUCACCGCCGGGCGGUCAUGAAACUGGCCCACGACGUCCCGGCGGCAGGGCACCUCGGGCAUGACAAAACGCUGGCCAGGAUUUUGGGGCGUUUCUUCUGGCCCGGGGUAUAUCAAGACGUAAAGGACUAUUGCAAGUCAUGUCCAGAGUGCCAGUUGGCCGCCCCUGCCCAGACCCCUAAGGCACCCUUGGUGCCGAUGCCUCUUAUGGAAACCCCCUUCGAACGCGUGGCCGUGGACCUGGUGGGGCCCCUCCCGAAGAGCAGCGCAGGGUUCCAAUACAUCUUAGUAAUGAUGGACUAUGCCACCAGGUUCCCUGAAGCCGUUCCUCUCCGGAACAUCUCGGCCCGCACCAUUGCUAUGGAACUGGUCAAGAUCUUCGCCCGCGUCGGACUGCCCCGGGAGCUACUCACGGAUCAAGGGACCAAUUUUACAUCCCGGCUGCUCAAGCAAGUCUGUGAGAUCCUAGGGGUCAAGCAACUCCGCACCUCCAUCUAUCACCCCCAGACCGAUGGACUAGUGGAAAGGUUCAACCGGACGCUGAAAGGGAUGCUGCGUCGGUUUCCCCCGGAAGACCUUCGCCAGUGGGACCAGCUCCUUCCACCCUUGCUUCUGGCAAUACGAGAGGUUCCCCAGGCAUCGACUAAGUUCUCCCCUUUUGAAUUGUUAUAUGGGCGACGACCCCGGGGCCUGCUGGAUCUCAUGAGGGAGACCUGGGAACAGGCUCCUUCCCCGGCCCAGGGUCUCCUGCAGUAUGUGCUGCAACUACAGGAGCGUCUAAGGCAGGCGGGGGAUCUGGCACGGGAAAAUUUAAAAGCCGCCCAGGACACACAAGCCCAGACGUAUAAUCGAGGGGCACAGACUCGGGACUUCCAACCGGGUGACCGGGUAUUACUCCUCCUCCCGUCCAGUGAGUCGAAGAUCCUGGCCCGGUGGCAGGGGCCCUAUGAGGUAGUCAGGAAAGUGGGCCCGGUCACGUAUGAAAUAAAUCAGCCGGACCGGAGGAAGAAGAACCAACGCUACCACGUCAACCUCCUGAAGCCCUGGAAAGAGCGAGAAGGGCUGUUGAUCAACCCCUACCCGCCCGAACCGGAACUGGGACCCCAGGUUCCCCUUUCCGGGGACACCGAGGAACCCCAGCUCGGGGAGAACUUAACCGAGGAACAGCUCCGCCAGACUCGGUGCCUCCUCCAAGCCUUCUCCCACACUUUCACGGACCAGCCGGGACACACCUCCCUCGUACACCAUCGGAUCCAAACAGAACCCGGGGUGGUGAUACGGGGGACGACCCGGCCCCUGCCCUACCAUAGGAGACAGGUCGUGGAGAAGGAGGUGCGGGCGAUGUUGGAUCUAGGGGUGAUAGAGCCAUCCCAGAGCGAGUGGCGUAGCCCCGUGGUGUUGGUGCCUAAACCCGACGGGUCACAGCGGUUCUGCAUUGACUUCCGCCGCGUCAACGCCAUCUCCAAAUUUGAUGCCUAUCCCAUGCCUCGGAUAGAUGAGCUGUUGGCCCGCCUGGGAGGGGCCCGCUACAUCACCACCCUGGACCUGAGUAAGGGCUACUGGCAGAUCCCCCUAGAGCCCGCCUCCCGUGAGAAGACUGCCUUUGCCACCCCCACAGGUCUCUAUCAGUUCACCAGGAUGCCCUUCGGCCUCCACGGGGCCCCGGCCACCUUUCAGCGCCUGAUGGACCGCCUCCUCCAGCCCCAUCAAGAAUACGCGGCCGCGUAUUUAGACGACGUUGUCAUCUAUAGUCCGCAAUGGGAGACCCACCUGGAGAGAGUCGCAGCCGUCCUGAGAUCCCUGCGGGAGGCCGGCUUAACCGCCAAUCCAAAAAAAUGCCGCAUCGGCUGGCAAGAGACUAAGUACCUGGGGUAUGCUAUCGGGCAUGGGCAGGUAAAACCCCUGAUCGGGAAGGUCCAGGCAAUUGCAAACUGCCCCCCGCCAACCACAAAGCGCCAGGUGCGGCAAUUCCUAGGCUUGGCCGGAUAUUAUCGGCGGUUCAUCCCCCAGUUCGCGGCAAUCGCAGCCCCCUUAACGGGGCUCCUAACAAAGGACAGCCCACGGCAGGUGAUCUGGACUACCGAGUGCGACAGGGCCUUUCGGACUCUUAAGAAGUGCCUCUGCAGCGAGCCGGUCUUGUAUAGCCCCGAUUUUAACCUGCCAUUUGUCUUGCAGACAGACGCCUCGGAAGUGGGACUCGGGGCGGUCUUAUCCCAAGACGUAGGGGGCGAGGAACAUCCCGUCCUAUACAUUAGCCGGAAACUGUUCCCACGCGAAAAGAACUAUGCGGUGGUCGAGAAAGAGGCCCUAGCCGUGAAGUGGGCUUGUGAAGCUCUCCGCUAUUACAUCCUGGGAGUCCCCUUCACCCUAGUCACCGACCACUCCGCCCUUCAGUGGUUAGGCCGCAUGAAGGACCACAACAUGCGGCUGCAACGAUGGUACCUGGCGCUCCAGCCGUUUGCUUUCACGGUCCGCCAUCGGGCUGGUAAGGAGCACGCAAACGCGGAUUUCCUUUCCCGGUUGGGGGGUGUGGAAUGGGCUGGCCCCGCUGCACGGGAACCAGCCUUGGGGGGGGGGUCGUGUAGUGAGGCGGCCUGGGCCCCGACGGCCCCUGAGGGAGAGGAGCCUGAAUUGGCACCCAAGUGGGCGGAGCCACCGCCACCUGUUCCCGCCCCCCGGAAGUCAAGGGGCGGGACAGGA